CUCGUCGCAAGUCCCGUCGAUGGCGGCCGAUGCUGUCGCAGUGGGAAAGACCACGGCGAGGCCCUCGAGCUCCAUCGAGGAGGAGGCGAAGCCCCAGGCGGGGGCGUCGCUGCUGUCCUCCUAUCUCGGCCUCGGCUUCGCUCUGUUCCUGGGGCUACUCCCCAAGUCUUCCGCCUCCUACGUGUCGUCGCUUCAGUCCCGCAACCGGAUCCUAGCGAUGAAGCUGUUUGAAGCGGAGGACCAGCUUCGGCAGCUGCGGUCGCGGCUGAAGGAGGGCGCCAAGGCCAACGCCCGAGUCGCCGAGAUCUUCGCCGGCCACCGGACCCAGUGGCAGCAGGAGGAGAAGCGCCUCCUCCACCGGAUCGACGGUGCAGACGAGGAGAUCGCGGCGCUGACGGCGCAGGUCGAGGACAUGGAGCGGGCGAAGGCGGAGCUGAGGGCCGCCGUGGUGCGGCUGGAGAGGGAGGUGGCGGAGAGGGACGAAAUGCUCGACUUCAUGGCGAGGAAGGUGGAAAGGGACGGGUCGUUGUCGCUGAUGGAGGUGGCCGGGGAGGACUCGGUGGACGAUGGUGGCGCCGGGGUUAGGGUUUCGGAUACGAUGCCGCUGGAGGAGCGGUUCUUGGAGCGCAACGGGGAAUCGGAGGGAAUGAUGGGUCUGUUGGCGCAGCAGAACGGGUGCGGAAGGGAGUUCUUAAUGGCGCCGAUAGAUACGAAACAGUGGACGGAUCGAUGGGGCGGAUGGCCGGUAGGAGCUCAGUGUCCGGAUAUGCAGCAUGAGUCACUUGAUUUGGCACACAGCAUGAAACAUGGAGUAGCAAGGAGGGAAUCCCCUUGGAGGGUUGAUGCUGAAUCUUCACGAGUUUCUUCUAAGCUUAAAUCACUUGAAGAUGAACUGGUUAACCUGGAAAAACUAGGGAAAGGGGAUACGUCGAAGAUCCCUUCGUCGAUGAGGAAACAAGAGAAGAGAUAUCAAUCUCUUGCUGCCAAAAUUGACGAUUUGUGCAGGAAAAUGCGAGUGAAUGACCCCAGUGAUCCAACACUGGGUCCAGAGUUUCGUACGCAGAGGCUGACCGAGUUCUUGCUGGAGGCAUUUCGCCUACAACAUCGUGCGGCCGAAACAAGACAGAAGCUGAACACAGUGCAGGCACAGGCAGCGGCAGCGGCAGCGAAGAGCCGUGUGGGGGAUGAGCUAACUGCAGAAGCUAAAUUGAACACGAGGAAGUCUGCGGAUUCAAUUAGGAGCAGUUUCAAGGAGAUACAGCGGAACUUGGAGAUCUGGUUGGCAAGGAUCAUGGGUGACUUGGAGGGCAUCUUGGCGAGAGAUGGUGCAUCGCGGGUGAGAGAUUACUAUUUAUCUGGUUACCCUUUUGUCGGAUGAAAGUUGGCGCGUGCACAGGUGGUAAUCGUAACGAGCUACCCUUUGGCCACCGUGGUGCCAGUGAUAGCCAAAUAGCAUCACAUGACCUGCGAGUUUUGGUGUCUUGAUGCUUGAUGUUAUCUCUCUUUUGAUACUUGAUGUUAUCUCUCUGACUGCUGACUGCGAUAGGUUGGGUGGGUGGGUAGGUGUCGUUGCCAUGCCGACUCUUCUCAAACAAAUAGGAUGGCUACGAUCCACCACCACAUGAAGCCUUGAACCGACCCAACCUAUCCCCCAUGCAGCCACCACCGCACUUGAGACGCAGAAAUAUAAGAUGAACAAAAUGACAUGAUCUGUUGC